AAAAAAAUAGGAACGCGUGUGCAGAUCCAACCAUGCAAUCGUGCAAAGAAUUGCUAGCGCAAGUGGUUGCCUUUUGUGAGAAACGCAAGGAGCACGUGAACGCCUUCUUCAGAACAGAAGGGGUCCGUAAUUCACACCACCGGAGCCUGUAUAAAAGCAUCACCGAGAGAGAAGUCUUCAAGCAGUGGGAACUGGGAACUGGGAGGGAGAGGGAAUCAGAAUUAACAGAAGGAAAAAAAAACAAGUUUUGCUCUUCUAUCUUCUUGUGCCCUCUUAGUGAUUUGGAAUUAAGAUAUAUAAGAUAUAUAUAUCUGGGCGAUGGAUGAACUCAACAAAUGGCAUUCACAUCCGGACUACUCUGAGGAGGAGCUAGCAUACAUGUACAGGCAGCAGCAAGAAGAAGAGCACGCCGGGAUGCAACAGCAACACCAUUUUGCUGAGCAGCAGCAGUACUACACACCACCAGCAGCAAUGGCGCCGCCUAGGUCCCCUAGCCCCUUCCUUGAGUUCCUUCCUCAUCAUCAUCACCACAGCUCCAGCUUCCCGGGGUUUGGGGUCCCGGCAUUACCACCCCGGCUGCCGUUCGGGCCGGUCAAGAAUGAGCCAGGGCAGCCGUCAUCGUCGUCGAGCAAUCGCAUCCUCUCCUUCGGCGGACAGCCUCCAAGCACGCUCAACUUCUCCUCAGGAGGAGAUUGGCUGGAAGCCGGUGUUGAAGCGGUGCAGCAGAUGCCGCCGGAGAGGCGGAGCCGGACGCACUGGAACACCCAGGAACAUGUCAUUGCCGAGCGCAAGCGGCGCGAGAAGAUGCAGCAGCAGUUCGUGGCGCUGGCCACCAUCGUCCCGGACCUCACCAAGACAGAUAAAAUCUCUCUACUAGGGAGUACCAUCGAGUACGUGAAACAGCUCGAGGAGAAGGUGAAGACCCUAGAGGGGCGAAGGGAAAGGAGAACAUCCGAUCCCACCAUCCUCGAGACCAAGUGCCGCAUAUCAACUGAUAGUGACGCCUCAUGCUCCAACGACAGUGCCUUUGCUGCGGGUGGGUUCAGCCCGACGGUUGAGGCGAGCAUACAUGGCGACACCGUCUUGCUGAAAAUAUGCUGCUUGGAGAGAAGAGGAGUGCUGGUGAUGAUCAUCUCCGAGCUUGAAAAUCAGGGCCUCUCCAUCAUAAACACUAGUGUUUUACCAUUCACAGACUCGUGCCUCAACAUUACCAUCACUGCAAAGAUUGGAGUAGGAUUUUCAUCAACAGUUGAGCUCAUAACGAACUUGACCGCAGCACUCAGAGGUUCUAGUACUUGAGAGUUGAUACGAACGGUAGUAAAAAUUGGAGUAGCGAGAGUGGAAUGUAAAUCACGUCUUCUUCUUCUUCUUCUUCUUAUUUUGGCAAGGAAAAUUGCGUCUUCUAUUUGCGUUGCUCUGCUGAAAGUUAUGGUUUUAAUAGGUUUUCCCUUCUUUAUAGGGUUUGAGGGUUAGGGGUAGAGGUGAGGGGAUUAUAUACUGAUGAAGCACGUUUGAAAUGAAACACUUGUACAAUCGAUCCUCUCUCUAUUUCUUUUUAGCAUGCUUUGUGUACAUUCUUUGAUUUCUUUUAGUCCUUUCAUCUCUCAAA